AUGUCCAUUUCGGAGCAGAUGGAUGGCUGGGGGCUCACCGUUUCUGACGUGAUGGGUUCUGGCAGUAAAGAUGCUGGAAAUCCGAUAGAUUCAGAACUGGCUUCGAUUGUUUCGUCGCUUUCUGCGCUGUCAAACCCGGCUUUACAAAGGCAGCAGUCGCAGCAGCAACUGUCUCAACAACAGCAAUCCCAGCAGCAGCAACAACAACAGGCCCAGCAACAAUCCCAGCAACAGAUUGGCGGGUUUAGAAGAGCGUCUUUCAAUAGUAACGCCGGGAGCGAUGUGGAUUCAGAAAUACUCUUCGCGAGCCAGAACUCACCGAUGUUGAGGAGAACAACGCUUUCCGUGGGUGGAGUGUCGCUUCCAGCGAACACGUCAUCGCACGCCCAGAAUAGACUCAACCCGAUGAACCAUUACUCGGCAAGUAUUGCAGGCGGGCUUACAGCGCAGUUUCAGGCCUAUAGCAGUAACAAUAACAAUAACAAUAACAACGGUAGCACCGUUGGCAGUAACAGUGCCGCAAACGUUGCGUCUAGUGGAGGCACCGGCUUCUUCGAAAGGUUUGGCCGUGCUCUAGCAGAGGGAACUCGCGAAGUGGAGUUGAAUAUGGCACCUGUGUCCCAGACCGUUUCCGGGCAGCAGGUCUCUGUGGGGUCUGGCGCAGCAGGCGCAGGGUCCAGAAGAACGUCCGCAAGUCCAGGCAUGGAACACCUGUCCAGAGUGGGCUCCACUACUACCAUGCAAGCAACAGCAGCAGCAAGAAGAAUGUCAGACACCUCAGAUGUCUUGGAGUCUGUUAGCGAAAGUUUGUCGAUGCAGCACAAUGAGCCCAACCCGACUACCAUCUGGAACGUCGCAGCAGCACCAGUGUUUAGACCUCAGGACGCACAGCAAGCCGGCGUACCACAAUCCCACCAGAUGCACCAGCCUAACCGGCAAUUUUACGGUGGUGCUGGUGGUAAUGGCAAGGAUGAUCAGGACCCCGGCAUCACCAAUAAUAUCGAGCAGCCUCAGUAUAACUACGGGUACCCGCCAUUCAACCAGUUUGGCGUCCCAAUGUUCAUUCCACCUGUUCUCUCUCCUCAUCCACACUUCCCGGGCAUGCCUUCUGACCAAAAUCCAGAGGAUGCUAAUGCCGCCGCUGAUGGCAACGCAAGUUUACAUGGUGACAAGGUGAACAAUGGUGGCGCUUCUUCUUUCACUGGAGGUGAUCAUGUGGAUGGAUCUGCGACUCGUGAUGCUGCCGAACAACAGGGUCUGAAAAAUGGCGGUGCAGGUGCCAGUAAUGGUGCUACUGAUAUGGCCGCAGGAGCUUCACCAAUGAUGCCUCAUCCACCCAAUGGACACUAUCCAUUCCCAACUCCAUAUCCCUUCAUGUUCCCACCAGUAAAAGAGAACGCAAUCGAUGAUUCAGAUGGAAAUUCAGCAGCUAAACCUCCUAUGAGCCCACCGUUUAUUCCACAAUUACCAUACAUGUUCAUUCCCCCAGGAGUGCCAGUUCACAACCAUCCUAAUGCACAAGAUUCUACUUCAACUGCAGAAACAACGCGCUCUGGGAAAAGAGGUACGGACUCAAAAUUCUCAACAAAGAGUAAGGGGAAUCCUUACCUUCAUAAUGGUAAACCAAAUUAUGGACAAUUUUCUCCUCCACCUUCAAGGAUGAACGGUACACCGCAACAAAACUCCCAACAUGGAGGCUCUUCGACACCAAGCUCGUCUAAACCAGCUCGCCAAGGGAAAGGUGCUCGCCAAAGCAACAAACCACCCAUUAUCAGAUCACCACUAUUGGAAGAGUUCAGAAAUAACCCAACCAAUAAGGUUUACAAGCUCAGUGAUAUUUACGGGUCUGCAUUGGAGUUCUGCAAAGACCAACAUGGUUCGAGAUUUAUCCAACAAGAACUAGCUACCGCUUCCGAUGCAGAAAAAGAAGUAAUUUUCAAUGAAAUAAGGGACGAAUCCAUCCCAUUGUCUCAUGACGUAUUUGGUAACUACGUUAUCCAAAAAUUCUUCGAACAUGGUACUAAAACCCAAAAGGAAGUAUUGGUAGAUCAAUUCAGAGGCAAAAUGGAAGUCUUAUCCUUGGAAAUGUAUGCUUGUCGUGUUAUUCAAAAGGCACUUGAGUUCCUAGAUGAAGAUCAGAAGGUCUCGCUUGUUUCUGAACUCUCCAAUCGUGUUUUGGUUAUGAUAAAGGAUCAAAAUGGUAACCACGUCAUUCAAAAAGCCAUUGAAUGUAUCGCAAUAGAAAAAUUGCCUUUCAUUUUGCAAAGUCUGAAAGGACAAAUAUAUCAUCUUUCGACUCACUCUUACGGUUGCAGAGUGGUCCAAAGAUUGCUAGAAUUCGGUUCUUUAGAAGACCAAGACAAUAUUCUAAAUGAUUUGGAUGAAUUCAUUCCUUUCUUGAUUCAAGAUCAAUAUGGGAAUUAUGUCAUUCAACAUAUUUUGCAACACGGUACUGACGAUACGAGUGUGCAUAUUGGAAGAAGUAAACAAAAUAUCAUCGACACCAUAUGUAAAAAUGUCGUUGAAUUUUCAAAGCAUAAGUUUGCUUCUAACGUUGUUGAAAAAUCGGUAGUAUAUGGAUCCAAGAGCCAAAUCAGACAAAUUUUGGAUGAAAUACUUCCAAAGGAUGAAGAACAUGCUGCUGAUUUGGAGGAUAGUGCACCUUUAAUUUUAAUGAUGCGAGACCAAUAUGCUAAUUACGUCGUUCAAAAACUUGUUGGUGUUGCAACCGAUAACGACGAAAGAUUGAUUGUUAUAGCUAUCAGAUCUUAUUUGGACAGAUCCAACAAAAAUAACACUUUAGGAAAUAGACAUCUAGCCAGUGUUGAAAAAUUAGCAACGCUAGUUGAGAACAUUAAGAUCUGA